AUGACUAGAAGGCACCAACGAAGUGAACCCGUGUUUGACCCAGAAAUCGAAGCUACCAUCCGUAGAGCCAGAGCGGCAAGAAGAAGGCAGAACCGGGUGCAACAGGACAACCAAGAAGGUUCAUCUGAAAUGGCUAACCAAGGUGGCAAUCCGGAGAACAAUAGGAACCCUUGUGGCCAAUCUGAUCAGAUCAAGAAGGACCUUGAAGCUCUUGUGGCUAGGGGCAUGACCAGCGUCACCGCCGAAAUUAUAAAUGAGUUCCUUGCUAAGUUCGAUGAUCUACAAAAGAAAUACAUCUCCAACUCGGACAUCCGGAAGAAUCUGCCCAUCUAUGAAGCUAACUUAGCCAAAAGCCAAGAACGGGUUCAGACUUGUGCUUAG